CGAGGGGCUUGAGACGAAGUGCCGGGGGAGCAGCGCUGCGGUCGCGGUGGUUGUUCUCUGUGCAGGAGGCGAGUGGCCCUUUCCCCGCCCCUUUUUCCUUCUCCUCCCACUGAGUGACUCAAGCCUGGUGCUUCCCACUUCCGCCCCCUCUGCCAGCCAUUGGAACUAGCAAAACCGAACAAGUUGCGGCCGCCGAGCAGCCGGCGCUCCCCGCCUCCUCAUCCUCUCCUUCUUCUUCUCCUUGCCUGGCCGCCGACGUCGCCGCCACCCCGAGGCCUCGCGACCGCCGAGCCCGCAGCCCACGCCACGGCCGACAUGAGCUUCUUGUUUGGUAGUCGCUCCUCUAAAACGUUUAAACCAAAGAAGAACAUACCAGAGGGUUCUCACCAGUAUGAGCUCUUAAAGCAUGCAGAGGCCACACUGGGCAGUGGAAACCUCCGGAUGGCUGUCAUGCUUCCUGAGGGGGAAGAUCUAAAUGAGUGGGUUGCAGUGAACACUGUAGAUUUCUUCAAUCAGAUCAACAUGCUUUAUGGAACAAUCACAGAUUUUUGUACAGAAGAAAGUUGUCCAGUGAUGUCAGCUGGCCCAAAAUAUGAGUAUCAUUGGGCAGAUGGAACAAACAUAAAGAAGCCUAUUAAGUGCUCUGCACCAAAGUACAUUGAUUACCUGAUGACUUGGGUUCAGGACCAGUUGGAUGAUGAGACAUUAUUUCCAUCAAAAAUUGGUGUCCCAUUUCCGAAGAAUUUCAUGUCUGUGGCAAAAACUAUACUCAAACGCCUCUUUAGGGUUUAUGCUCACAUUUAUCAUCAGCAUUUUGACCCUGUGAUCCAGCUUCAGGAGGAAGCACAUCUCAAUACAUCUUUCAAGCACUUUAUUUUUUUUGUCCAGGAAUUCAACCUUAUUGACAGAAGAGAACUUGCACCACUCCAGGAACUGAUUGAAAAACUCACCUCAAAGGACAGAUAAAAGGAUGCAGAUGUGUGCAAAUUAUUCCUCAAAUGAAGCUGUGUGGAGUGUAUUUGGAUUUUGUUUUAUUUUAUUUUUAUCUUGGUUGUUUUUAUGUUAGGUUUGGGGGGCUUGUUUGGGUUCCUUUUUCUUUAUUCUGAAUAAAUGAAACCAUAUACUAUUGCUAGAGGGAGGCAAGAACCAUUCUCUAUUAAUUUGUUAGGGGUAAAUUUUGUCUUAGUGGCAUACAGUAUUUUUUUUAACUUGGGGAAUUUUUGAUAAUACUAUAUGUUGAAAGAAAUGCUUAUUGAUUGGACUGCUGAUGGAUGGGGGUUCUCCAUUGUGUAAAUUGUGGUUGAUUUUUGAAGUCCGCAGAAGUCUUAUGUUUUUAAGUGCCUUGGCAGGCUCAUUUCUGAGGUGCAAAGCACAGACAUAGAACUGAACAGGGCUUGAAACAAUAUUAGGAUUACUACCCACGGCACUUACUGAUGCAUGUUUCAAAAUACCUAUUGAUAAAAGCCAUAGUUUACCUAAACUGGUGAUCUCCAGCUUUUACUACAUUAAAGAAACACAGUUUGUAAAGGUGUGCAUGUAGAGCAAAAAAAUUAGUAUUUCUUAAUUAUUUUUGAUAUUGAUAGUAAUUCUGUUCAACAGAUGCUUAAAGUUCUACAAGCAGGUCUUUUCCAUCUCUUGAUAUCUGUGAUAUUGAAACUUGAAGAUGUUGAAAUGUAAUACCGAUUACAUUUUGGCUUCUUUCUACAUGUUAGCUGCACUGUAGGUGUAAAAAUUCAGGUUAUAUAUAGGUUUGCCAUCUUCAGAGAUGAUGCUGAACUGUGAGGUUUCUUAGCAAUUGCCAAAUGAGCCAUAAAUCUGCAGAAUCCCCUUCUACUUUGAAGAAGAGGUGAUAGGAGUGUGUGUUUGUUUGCAGGGGGUUAGUUUGAAUGGUGCGUUAUAGAUGGGAUUAAGUACGGGGAGUCAAGUUCAAGAAAGUCCUUUCUCAAAACUCUUGAAUAGAAUGGCAUGAAUAUUUUAAUCAAUAUCUUGUAAGCAAAGUCUUAGAGACUUCCUUGUAGGAAUCAACUUCCAUGAGAAGUUAAAAAUAAAUUACUAAUUUUAGAUAUAGACAUAAACAUGGAAUUUAAGGUCUGUUUGGGGAAAUUGAUCACUUUACAGCAUUUCCAUUCAGUGAAUGGAGCUGGUGUUUGUCAUUUUAAAAUGAUACAGUACCUUCUUUACUUGUUAUAGGCCCAACUUGAAGCAUUCUGACUUCUAAUUUUUCCACUGUGAAAGGAAAUCUUUCUUUGCAGUGAUAUCAGAUAAUGAAAGUGCUAAAGUAGUAGUUAUUAACUUUUAUAUUUUUUUUUGCCAUGACUUUCUAGUGAACUAUUCCCAUAAGUAAAAAGUUCAGAAACUUAGUUUUUAAAAUAAAUGUUAACAUUUUUCACUUCAGUUUUACUCUUGUGAAAUAUCCAUUUUAGACUCCCAGUUUUAAUUUUGUCAUUUCUGGUAAAUUUGUUUCCUUCAGUUAGAAAUAUAUACUCUUCCUUUGUUAGGAACAUACCUUUUUCCUUGUAGAAUAGAAAUCUUACUCUGAAAUUGUAUAGACUAAAAACAGUAGAAAAGAAUCUAAAAUGAAAUCAGUUUGUUUUUGCCAUUAACAAGUAGAAUAGUGAUACAACUUAAUGCCAUUACAAUUAUGAUCAGUAGGAACUGCCUUUUUCUCAUUUCUAGCAAUCAUUCUCCAAGUACCAACAGUGGAAAGUAACAGGAGAGCCUGGCAGAGGCAAAUAUAUUGGACAUUCAUUGGUCAUACUUAUUUAUAAACUGCAAUGAGAACUAGCUGAUUUCCUUAAAACAAAUCUUUUAGUAUCCAAAUGUAUAAUAUCAGCCACUGUGGGUUGAUGCGGAAACAAAAUCUGGCAUCUAGUGAUUUGGGGUCCUAUCUAUUUAGGAAAAUGAAACAUAUGAUUAUUCAAAUAGUCUUCCAAUACUGCAUUUGACUUCAUAUCAACCUAGUAAUAAAGGGGUUGCAGAGACAAGUGAAACAUUGUUUUUGCUCAUUUAAGCCUUGUACAGUAGUACACUGUACAAAUGUUAUUAUAAAUUAAUGUUUAGUAGUCGGACUUACUUUUCCACUCUAUGUAGAUAGGAGUUUCUUAUCACUGUGCCGGAAUCUCAGGUGCCUGCUUCUGAGUAUUCCUUUAAACAGAGGUAUUGGGAAGUAAGGAAAUAUGUAUGUGUAUAUAUGGUAACAAAGUAGAGACAUUCUCCCAGGGAGAGGCCUGGCAUUGUGCAUGGUGUUACGUGGCUGCAAAGAGGGAAACACCAGAGCAUGUGAGAAAUAACUGACUUAAUACAAAGUUGCUUUGAUUCAUUUGGUUCCCAGGAGCAUUAGUAAGAUGGCUUUUAUAAAAUAAGGAUCAAAUCUUGGUUUUACAACAUAGUUUGCUUAUAAAUGUCUAUUCGAUUCUUUCCAGAUUUCUUAAUUUGUAAAUAACCAGGAUAAUGAUUUCCCCCCUGCUCUUCAUACAGAGAUAUAAAGCAGAAGUUGGUUUUCUCAUCUGCUGAUGAAAGCAUAAAAUAUAAAGUAGUAAGUUAACAUAGUAUUGUCACAAAGCUUUGGUUAAAUGUUGAUAGGAAGCAAGUUUUAAUAAUUCUUUUAAAUGGCGGUGUAAUGGUGGUGGAGAGAAAUUAAUAGCAGAGUGAUAAUCUUUUCAUUAGCUGUAGGUGGUGCUCCUGGCUUUCGUUUACUGGCUUGAUUAUUCUGUUUCCCAUAAAAACCAUGGCACUAGGCUGCACUAAAACAUUAAGUAUGUGUUAGCUGGUAGAGGCUUUGGAGGUCAGUUUACCUUAAAUUGAAAGAUUUUAGAUUGCUAUCUCUUCCUACCUUUGUCAUUUUUAAAUGCUAAAUGGUCAGCAUAAAAUUAAGUAGGAAAAGAUAUGUUUAGUGUAUAAUAUGUUGCAGACUGAGUUACUGCCUGGCUUAUCAGGAGAGAUAAAGCACUACAAUCUCAUAUUCAGGAAUUACAGAUAAUGUGGAUAUUUAUAUUUUACAUGUAAUCACCACACUGCAUUUUAUGUAUUAGCAUUUUCCUUGCUUAGGGGAAAAUAGCAAAAUGACAGACUUCUUUUAUACCUUUGUGUACACCCUCUCUGAGAGAGUUUUUGAUAACCACUGAAAUGGUAAAAUAUGUGAGAUACGAUUAUUAAGUUGUAGGACUUCCUUUUAAGAUAAAUAUGUCAUACCUUGAACAUCUCAAAUGAGAGUUGAUCUUCAGAGUAGUUUCUUUGGGAGCACUACUUAUUCCAGCUAUGCUGCAAAGGUGUAAUGUUUCUGGAACACUUUCAGAGAUGCCUUGAGAAUUGGUUUGUGACUAUGCAAGAAAAUCUGUUUUAUCAUUUCAGUUGCACCGAAAACUUUUCUGGAAGCUUAAUAUGACCUAUCUCAUUCAUGAAAACAACUCUACUUUGGCUGUUUUCUUAGAACUAAACUAUUAAGGAAGUUCAAAAGAAUAUGCCAUAGGCUCUGAAUUUGCAGAAGAGAAUGUUUUGAGCAUUGAUUUGUAACAUCAUUUAAUAAAAAAAUAGUUUCCUGAUGUCACUGCUUUGAAGUAGGCAGUAUCGUUUGGAUGUACAAGUUUUAUUUUAUUUUUUUAAUUUAGUUUACCUUACAGUUAAAUAUAAUAGUUUAAAAAACCAAAGUCUUUUUCUUAUUUUCUAUUUUUGGUCCAUUUCCCUGAUAACUUUUGGAUUAUAUCUUGAGUACUGUAGGGUAGUUUUGAUUGAAGAUAUAUUUAAAAAAAAAUGGAUCCAAUAUUUAAGAUAGAAAUAGCUUAAGGAAGCAGCAGCCUUUACCUCCAUGCUUUUUUUUUUUAACUUAUUUUCACGCAAAUGAACAAUUUGAAUUUAAAGACUGGAGAUCAUUGUAAAAAGAAAUUGGAAUACAGUUUAUAUAUUAAUUAUGCUGAAUUUAAGUCUGUGUAUCACAGUAAAAUAUUUCAAGUUGUAUAAUCAUUUCAUAUGUGAUUUAUAACUUUAACAUUUUGAAUGUCUUUUUAAAAGAUAUGAGACAAGAAGUGUAUUUGAAAAUGUCACUGCAUACCAAGAGGAAAACUUAACUUAUUUUGAAACUUAUCUGGGAUAUUAAAGAAUAUACCAAUUCCUAGAAACACUAUUCUAGAUCUAUACUUUAAGGACCGCUCCUAAAAUGAUUUAAAUAUCAGCGUUUUGUCAUAAUAUUAAGUUGCACCACAGGAAUUACAGUUGUUGAGCUAUCAGUUUAAUGGUAUAUGAGAUAACUGUUUAGAGAUAAAGCUAUUUCAUGAUUUAUGGAAAAGUUUAAUUUUAAGAUAUAAUAACAAUUCUGACUGCAGACAAUUUGAAUUUUUGAGGCUCUCCUAAUGGGCUAAUUAUAGAGAAAAAUUCAUUUUGAAGGUAUAAAACUGUGCUCCAUGUCUGCCACUUGUAGCUGAACUGAUACUUAAAUUUUGACAAAAGAGAGAAAAUACAGAUUAAAAUACUGAGUACUCUCAGUUUUGCAAGUGUGAUACAAAUUUCCUUUUCAGCACGUAAUACUAUACAAUAGAAAAAUUUGGAUUAGAAUCCUCAAAGAUAGUGAAAUCACUGGCCUUUCCAAGCUUAUGUUUACUUGUCAUCUCCUUCUCCUUGGAGGUAAAUUACUUCCUUACUAGUGUUGACUUUCCAUAUACUCCUCUCUCCCCCAUCUCACAACACACACAAACACACACACACACGAAAAACAAAACAGAUUGAUUAUAUAGGUCCUCACUGUCAGUGAUUCUGAAGUGAUUGCUGUCAAUACAUAGGUUGCAGCUGAAGUGUUGGAUGUUACAAUUUACAUAAGCAUUUUUGGUUUGCUGUGGUUGACAGCUAUCUUUAAACUACGUCACUGAAGCUGAGAUUACUAGAGAUAUAAAUUUAAAUCUUUUAUUAAUAUUUAAUUUCUGUUAUAUAUUAUUAAAUUCUUAUAUGUGCGGGUGUUUCUUACAGGUUUGCACGUUUUCAUUUUUAUUUUGUUUACUUAAUUGUGCAAGUUGUAAAAUAGAUUCUCGCAUUUUCAUUUUAAGAACACUUUUCUCCUUAAGUUGUUCUGCAGAGAUAACUAUUUUUAGGGGAAAUAGUUUUUUACAACCACUAAAUUGUAUUUGUUAUUUUUGUACAUGCAUUACUAGGGUGGUAAGGACACUAAUCUUGUGGGGAAAACUUAAAUUUGUUUUAUUUGAACUUUCCCUUUACAUUAUUGCUAAAAAUUAUCUAGGAACAGCAUCAUGAAAUCUAGGUUGAGAGAGAAUACAAUAAACAUGAGAAUACUUAAAGUUUUAAUAGAAUCAUUUCUGAGGACAAAACCAGAAGAAUACUGCCAGUGCCAUAAAUGGAAGCGUGAGGCAGCAUUCACACUGUGCAACUGUUGCAGAGAAUAAGUAAGACAGGAUCCUGCUCUAAUGGAGAUGAACAAUUUCUCUCUGUUAAAGUAGCUGAAUCUAAAACAUGAAAUGCAACAUGGGCGCUAUAUUGUAAACUGUGCCAAGAUUACUCAAAUUGUAGUUACUUUUGAUCAGACUUCAACUGUUCUAUCGUUUUUGUUUUGAAAGGGGAUACUGAGGGAAUUCCCUGGCAGUUCAGUGGUUAAGACUUGGCGCUUUCACUGCUGGAGGCCCAAGUCCUAUCCCUGGUCAGGGAACUAAGAUCCCACAAGCCAUGUGGUGCGGCAAAAACUAAAAAAUAAAAGGGGAUACUGAAUGUCAGAAAAUCUGUAAUAUGUUUUAAUUGAGAGAUGUAAAUAAUGUAUACAGACUUGUAUGUGAUGGGAUUGGAAAUAUUUAAAUUCUAGGAUUUUUUUUCUUUAAAGGAAGAAAACUGAAUGUUUAUUUAAAAAAAUAAUAAAUAGUUAUGUUUGGCCAUGAA